CCCCUCCCUGCUGGCUGCCGAGCCUUGAUUUCAGUUUUCAUAUUUUUAUUAAAUAAUGAUAUAAUUAUUUUUUCAUUAUUGAUUUAUUUUUGAUAUCUGAAAUUGUUGAAAUGAGUAGUAGACACAAUGACAGCAGUUCAAAUUACGGUUCACACAAAAUAAAGAAAGAACGGUCGAGGUCUCGAUCACCUAGGAGUAAAGAGGAUAAAAAUGUCAAAAAGGUUAUAAAGGAUGAACCUAAAGAUACUGGUCAGGCAGAUAAAAAUAUUGGUCUAGCUGCUAAAAACAGACUCAAAGGAAUGAGUAUCCAAAUGAAGCUGAGUUCUUUGAAAAAAGAAGUGUCUAAACCGAAACUUAGUGUUGCAGCUGCAUUCAAUCAAGACAGUGAUAGUGAACCUGAAGAGAUGCCUCCACAAGCUAAAAUGAGAAUGAGAAACAUUGGAAGGGAAACCCCAACAUCUUCUGGACCCAAUUCAUUUGGGAAAACAAAACAUGGUUUUUCAGAUGCUCAAAAACUGUUUGAGAAGUCCUUGAAAGAAGCAAUGGAUAGUGCAUUAGCAGAUGAUUAAAAAUAUAAGUGAAUUUUGACUAUUUGUGUUCUCAUUCUUACCUGAAGUGGUAUAUAUUGACUAUUCCACAAAAAUCAAAUUUUCCCAUUAGUGAUUGAAUAUUCUAGGUAUGAUCAUUAUGGCUUAGGUUUUAGUGAUUUGAAUAAAUCAUUGAUAAUUUCUCCUUGAAUUUCUCCAAUUGUUUAAUCCCCAACAAUAAUAGCAAAAAAUUUAAUUCUGUCAAACAGUAUUCUAUCUGUAUUUGACUAGAUGGGUACCUAUCAGUGGUAGAGAAUAAUUGACAGGAAGUUAUGAAUGAUGAAAAAUGUAGAAUAGUUGGAAAAAAUAUAAUAAUAC